AUAUCACUAAAUGUUUGGCUACUGCUGAAAGCUCAGAGAAAGCAUAUAUAUAAGAGAGAAAUAGGGAUCCGGUAACCUCACUUUUUUAAUUAUUGUCUUAUAAGUUACAAAGUCAUGUCCGAAGUAAAACAGGUCCUUUUUGUGUGUUUAGGUAACAUAUGCAGAUCACCAAUAGCCGAAGCGGUGUUUCUACAUGUCGUCAAAGAGCGAGGUCUCGAUCACAAAUGGACCGCCGACAGUGCGGCAACCGGACCUUGGCAUAUAGGAAGGAUGCCGGAGAAGAGGGCGAGAAACACUUUGCAAAAGCACUCGAUCGAAUACAACGGACGUGCUCGACAGCUUCAACGCGACGAUUACAAUAGGUUUGAUUAUAUUUUCGGCAUGGACGAAUCGAACAUGAUGGACAUAAAUGCGGACGCUCCUUCGAAUUGCAAGGCGAAAAUUCUGAUGUUGGGUGAUUUCGAUCCAGAAGGCGAUACCAUCAUUCGUGACCCUUACUAUGAUUCUGGAUCGGAGGGUUUCGAAAAGUGUUUUGUUCAAUGUUUAAGAUGUUGCAAUGCGUUCCUUGAUAAACACUAAUUGUUAUGUAAUAUUUUUCAUUAAACUUGCCUGACAAAUACUCUAAUGGCCUUCGAUUGAACUUGGAAAUCGAGAAAACGAGGUGUAUACAGGGUCAAAUAUAGGUUAGUUUAGUUUAUUUUUAAGUGCAAACUGUUCUAAAUCGUCCCAGAAUUUUAUGUUUUUCCUGUAAUUUUGUUUAAAUAGUUGCCAUAAUCCUUCCAUAGUGUACGUACCUACAGUUUUCCCACUUUUAUGUAGUUUUAAACUACUUAUUCCCAUUCAGAUUUUGUAAUAGUCUUUUCAUAAUUUGUACCUGUUCCGAUGGAAUAAAUUUGAUAUUAGUACAUAA